AUGCUCCUCUCUUCCCUCCACUCCUUCUCCCCCCCGUACAGGCGCAAUCUGCUAAAGAGGGACGGCAGGCAGGCAAAUCCGAGCAUGGUGGAGGACAUGAUGACGGGGUGUGUGCAUUUGCCUGCCUGCCGGGCAGCACGGGACCUCAUAGAGCAGGUGCAGCUGGAGAAGCACACCACGGCCAUGUCAAUUGCAGCCCAUGUGCCCUUGGUUGCCCGCGCGGCCGGACCACAGGCCGGCGGCAAACAGAGAGGGGGAGACACGGACACGGGAAGGGCGGAGGAGGGCAAGGAGUUGGGGGGCAAGCGUGGGCGGCAACAACAUGGAGCAUUGGCGAUAGGGAGUGGGUCAUCCAGUACGACUCCGGCACAUGUGGGGGCGGGCGUGGCUCGAGAAGGACAACAGUAA